AUGGAACGCGACCUCGAAGACUCGCAACCCGUCAAUGAUGCACCGCGUAAAACGCGACAAAGCCUAGGGGAGCAGGCGACCACGCCAACCAUUGACGUGGACAAGGGAGGCGACGGCCCGAAAGUCAGGCCUUGGACAAUCGGGGAUCCGUUCCAACAUCCAAUUCCCAAAGACGGGGAUCAUUGGGAAAAGUGUCUUGGGCUAGCUCGUGAAUACGACGACGGAAUGUGUGAUGUUUGGAAAGAUGAGAUUCAGAAUCUGUUGAUCUUUGCCGGUCUUUUCUCUGGAGUCGUGACAGCUUUUACGAUCGAAUCACAGAAAAAGUUGCAAGAAGACCCUAAAGAGACAACAGUACUCCUCCUCACCAAAAUUUCCGCUCAGCUGGCCAAUGUAUCAAAUACCAUAGGAUCAUUACCAGCCAUUGAACCGUUUUCCGUCACUUCCCCCGUUGUCCGCGUCAAUAUCUGUUGGUUCAUCAGCUUGACGCUCAGUUUAACGACCGUUUUGAUUGGUAUCCUCUGCCUUCAGUGGUUAAGGGAGUUUCAACGUCGUCCGUCUUUGCCUCAUCAAGAAGCGCUACACCUACGUCAAGUUCGAUACGAGGGCCUAUACAAGUGGCACGUGCCAAACAUACUCUCUGCUCUCCCCCUCCUGUUACAGGCCGCCCUCAUUCUGUUUUUCGCUGGACUCCUUGACUUUUUGAUUUCCAUCCACAGUGGGGUUGCCAUCCCUGUCGCCGUAGUGGUUGGAUUUACCUUUUUCUUCCUUGCUGCAACAACCAUUUUGCCCGCCCUACAGAGCGUAUCUGCCAGUUUCCAUCCGUCCUGGAGACAGGCUGUCCCAUGCGCCUACAAAUCUCCUCAGUCGUGGGUUUUCUUCAAAUUAUUGAUGGGUAUCAUUUCCCGCUUCGGACCCUCGCAUUUGUACCCCAAAAGUGCGAAUUGGUUUGUGCACGACCUUGAAUACUGGAAGGGACCAGAUCCAGUCCUUCGCAGCCUAGCUUGGAUUGGCAAUACGUUGACCAAAAACCUUGUUGCUGUGCGAUCGAUUUACCAUUCCUUGGAGGACCUACUGCCUAUAAAUGCAUGGCGUGUGUUCUGUUUAAUGGCUGAUCAUGACCAUGAUAGGCUACCUGCUUUCAACACUACAAGCCCCUUGCUUACGGAACUCGCAUCUGCGAAAAUCCUUGAGCAUCUCGACAUGCCUAUCGGCUGGCAUGACUUCGUUCUCCAUCAAAUAGAGUUGUAUAUCAGAGUGAUGGGCCCGGGGAACACAUUCAUCAACUCCAUGCUAGUUGGCCACCACAGAGUAAACUGUCCCCCCUACUGGCUACUUCCUGCUGUUCCUGUCGAGACAGAACUUCAACUUUUGAACUGUUCCGUUUGGCAGCUAGAACGGCAAACGGAUCAGGAAGAUGACCAAAUGUGGACCCUUGCUUUGGCACUCGUCAAUAACCCACAACGUCCAACGGAGCUCCUUGUCAUUUUCGACCGGCUCUUCACUGCUAUUGAUAAAUGGCUAGAUCACCCUGACCGGUUUAAUUACAAGCGCACGGAUAGCUGCCUUCGGAAGCUGGUCACGGAAUUUAUUUCGCCAGCCGUACGUAACCAGCAAGUGGGCAGUGUGCAAGAAAGACUAGCUGAUCUCACCGUAUUCCGAUCUGUGUUGCGCCGUCUUUACCGGCUGCGACACCGCGCUGAUGUGGCCGAUAUCUUAAGGCGGAGUCAACGCGAAUGGACAGAGUUUAUCACUGCCUUUAAGAUUGGAGUUGACGACGAUACACCGGGUCAUACACCUGCUUCCAUUCGCCGGCCCCACAACCUUCCCCCAGUGAACGAUUGA